UUUCUUUGAAAAUGAAAUGAGUGAGAUUUACCUCUGGCACAUGCACUCUUUAAUGGCUGUAUUUCACACACACAUUCAAACAAUUGGAUGGUCUUGAGUGAAAUGCCAAACUGGACUGAUGUGGAACCUUGUGUUGUAUACUUGAUAGACAAGGGAAUAGAGCUUGAUGAUGUAAAGUGCUUUGACCAAGUUUGUAAGUUGAGGCAGUUUGUAGAAAGGAACAAGAAUGAUGAAGACUUCAGUAAAUUACCAGCACAUAAAAAAUGGACCAGAUACUUUGAAGCAUCAAAGAAUAUUGAAUGCCACUCAGAACUGCUCAGAAUUGCACAAUUUUUUUUUGCUGUAACAUCCCACAAUGCUAAUGUGGAGCGAGUCUUUUCGCUGAUGCAAAGUCAGCGGACGAAGGAAAGGAACAAGCUGAGUGUUGAUACAAUGAAAAGUAUUCUGACUGUACAGUACAACUACCGAGAGACCUCUUGGGCUGACUUCUUCCACUUUUUAAAGUCCAACAAGGAACUACUUAAAAAUAUAAGAUCUACAGAAAAAUAUACAUCGGCACAUCAAGCAACACACACAGUGGUUGAAGAAGAGUUAGAAGACAGCAACUAAGUGGAAAAACGGAAUUCAAGAUUAUCAGCCAUAUGCAAAGAAGCUCCAAAAAAGAAAAUCUCUCACACGCGUCCUCUCUGGUACUGUUAAUCUCUCGUUGACAUUCCUGAGAGGAAUGUCAACGAGAGAUUAACAAUACGCAAAACAUUCUUGACCUUUUCCUGACCUCUAAUCCAUCUGCUUAUGCUGUCACCCUUUCUCCGUUGGGCUCCUCCGAUCACAAUCUCAUAUCUUUAUCUUGUCCUAUCGCUCCAAUCCCUCCUCAGGAUCCCCCUAAGCGAAGGUGCCUCUGGCGUUUUGCCUCUGCUAGUUGGGGGGACCUGAGGAGGUAUUUUGCUGGUUUUCCUUGGAAUGACUACUGCUUCUGUGUCAGAGACCCAUCUUUGUGUGCUGAGCGCAUAACAGAGGUGAUAGUGUCUGGCAUGGAGGCGUACAUUCCUCACUCUUUUUCUCGUCCUAAACCUUCUGAACCUUGGUUUAACACAGCUUGUUCUCGUGCUAUACAUGAUAGAGAAGUGUUCCACUCAUACUGCUCUUCUAGACAGGGUGGAAUCAAAAGCUUUUCGUCUCAUCAACUCCUCUCCUCUAACUGACUGUCUUCAGUAUGAGGGUAUUACUGCUGACUCUGCUGGUGACGAGAUGUGUGUGUCAGAUGAUAAUGCAAGAGGCACAGGUGACAGGAACAGGUGAGGGAAGGCAAGAUGCCUCCUCAGCACCACAACCGCCCCCCCCAAACUUGGUCUUGCUGCUGGCGGAUGACCUGGGUUACGGUGACCUCCGCAUCUCAGGUCAUCCCACCUCCAGAACACCAGUGAUUGACAAGCUGGCCAGGGAGAGUCGCUUCUUUACUCAGCAUUAUGUCACCAGUCCUGUCUGUAGCCCCUCACGGGCUUCUGUCCUGACGGGACGGUUGCAGGUCCGAAAUGGGGUGUAUCCGGGAACAUUUGUCCCCAGUAGCAUCCUUGGUCUGCCCCGCAGUGAGACCACCAUCGCUGCCCUCCUCAAGAGCAAGGGUUACCGCACCAUGAUAGCCGGGAAGUGGCACCUUGGAGUGGGACGUGAGGGGGAGUACCUGCCCACACACUACGGCUUUGACCACUACCUGGGCCUGCCGUACUCCCAUGACAUGUGUCCCUGCCUCACCUGCUUUCCGGGCCCCCUCCCCUGCCAUGACACCUGCUGGGAUCACCAGGUCUCAUGUCCACUCUACAGCAAUAACACCAUCAUAGAGCAGCCAGUUGACCUUCUCUCCCUGACUCAUCGCCUCGUCAAAGCAGCCAUCACCUUCAUUGCUGAUGCUGCUACCUCAGGGGAGCCUUUCUUUCUCUACUUCCCCUUCUUGCAUAUCCACCAUCCACAGUUUGCCCCAGAGAAAUUUGCAGGGCAGAGUGCACGAGGGACAGUGGGGGACUCCCUGUACGAGCUGGACUGGGCGGUGGGACAGGUGGUGGAGGCCCUGCGUCACCACAACCUGCUCUCUAACACACUCCUCUGGUUCUCUUCAGAUAAUGGCCCCAGUUUGUCGAGGCAUGAGCGAGGGGGCUGUGCAGGGCUGCUGCGCUGUGGGAAGGGCACAACCAUGGAGGGAGGCGUGCGAGUCCCUGCAUUUGUACACUGGCCCACACGCAUAUCCCCUGGUUCCAGUGAUGGCUUGGUAUCAGCUGUAGACUUCCUACCAACAGUGGCCUCUCUCUCUGGCCUCAGCACCUCAGGUCUCACUCUUGAUGGCGUGGACAUCUCCCCUCUGCUCUGGGACCCCCUUGCUGUGAGCCCCAGGAGGUACAUGCCCAUCUACCCAGAGAGCCCCACCCCCACUGAGGGCCCCUUUGCAGUGACCAAUGGCACCUACAAGGCACACUUCUACACCAAGGGAUCAGAUCUGUCAGAUUCAAGUAACUUUGACCCAUUGUGCCCAGGGAGUCACAGGCUGACCAAACAUGACCCACCCCUCCUCUUCAACCUGCACCGUGACCCUGGGGAGCGGUAUGACCUCUCUGCUGACCCCGAGAAGAGUGAGCUCCUGAGGGACUUCACAGCGUGGCGGGAGGAGCACAUGAGGGGUAUGACAUGGGACAUCCCUCGCACUCAGCUCCAGGACCCCCUCGCCCAACCCUGCUGCACUUCCCCCUCCUGCACCCCCUUCCCCAAGUGCUGUGACUGCCCCACCUCGUCCCCCAGCGCUGCACCACAGCCUGCUAAGCCUGACACCUCCCUUAAUGCUAUAACAGCACACACAUCUUCCCUCAGCUGCAUUGAAAGAGAGAAAAGGAAGGAGAGACAUGAUAAGUGGUUAAUUUUCUUCACUCAGUUUAUUUAAGUCUUUCUCCACUCUUACUAAAUUCUAUCAUAUUGCUUUUAAUGUCUUUCCCCAUUUUGUAUUCUCACAUUAUGAAGGAACGGCUUUGUAGGAGUGUGUGGCCAACUGUGCUAUGCCUAACCUGUUCCUUUCCAUCAGAGGCUGACAGGGGUAAGAAUGAGAGUGAUUGUGUGUGUGGUGGGAGGGAGGGUUGCUUUGUCUGGGCCACCCUCUCUGUGAUUGCUGGCCUGGUGUAUAUGACAGAUUUUGUAUCCUGUUCAAAUAUAUUACUUAAACUGUCUAGAGCCAUAU